AUGCAUGAGUCUUUGCUUGGCGAAGCCAAUCGCGAAAGGCUGAGUGCGCUUCAAUCUGAAAUAAGCCAAAAAAAUGAAUUAAGUCUGCAGGAUAUCUCAUCCAAACUACUGGAUGCAGUUGCUACAGAGGCACUUCGCGAUGUAGGCCUAGAACUCUUCGACCGUGUUAACACUCUGUUGGUCACUCGUGCGGGCAUUCAAGAAGAGCAGCGAGCCCUAUCGGUCCCAAAUGAAGAGAUUUUGCAUGUACGAGGCCUCGUUAGGCCAAUAGCCGAAAAGCUAAUCAAACCCCCCAUGGACAGCACAAAUAAUACCGGGCAAGCUGUCGACUAUACUGCUCGCUCUUUGGCCGCUGAAGUUGGCCUGGCACUACUGGUUCUCAUUUCUCUUCUCUGCAGCUCAUCGUCAGAGCCUUUCACUCUCGAUGACACAACCUUAGUAUAUAUUGUUACGUAUACUGAUAAAGAUGAUGCCUGGACAACUGAAGAAUCCUCACGGCUUGCCGCUCGCCUGGUGGAAAUCAGCCUGGCCGAUGAUAAACUAGAUACGUUCAUUACCCAGUGUUUGCUCCAUGAUACGCUUCGGCCUCUAUUUUCCAAAUCAUCUGCCAGGUUAAGCGCCUCCGGAAGGCCAUCGAAAAUCUCUCAGCCGCCCAGUGGCAUGCAACCUAAGACAUCACUUGACAUCAUCUCCCAGGAGCAUGAAAAACUUCAUGCUGCAUCAAGUUUAAAAUGGGGAAUUAUCUCAUGCAGUAAAAUUGCUGUGGGCCGUCACUGGCCUUUGUUUCUUCCGAUCCUACUCUCACUAGCUGAAGACCACAAUACGGCCGUAAGGGUUAAAGGGCUGAGAAUUCUUGGCUACUUUCUAGACAAAUGCCCCUCAAACACAAUACUAUCUGCCGGCGUUGACAACGUCAUACAGGACGCAGUUUUCCCUACACUGCUAUUUUUACCCUCCACGACACCUGAGAAUGAGUCUAUAGAACUCCUAUAUCCAGCGUAUCGCGUCCUCCUUCAGGUAGCACAGCUAGAUCCAGAUGCAAAGAGUUUACGAAGACGGCGUUUCCUCGACAAGCUUCUGAGAGAUGGGAUCUUUGUGGGACAUUAUCACGCCUCACAACAUGCCCGAAUUGUUGAAGUUCUUAUGAACAUGACAAAAGAUAUUAUCUCAUGCUUGGGAAUCUUCACGGCCAAGCACCUUCAGAACCUUCUUCAGUUGUUUUCUACGACGCUAUCCGAUCCUUUUGCCUUGGCGUACCCGCCAUUAGUCUCUGCAACUACGGAAGCUUUGAAUGCAACGUUGCUACCGACUGAAGGUAUAGACCAGGUUUCAACACAUCUUAUUCAUACAUCGACAAUCCUGCAGUCUCUAUGGAAUCGAGAAGGCUCUGCCCCUCCUGCGCAAUUGACCGCUGUGUUACAAAAAGAGCCUCGACUUGUCGAAUUAAUCCCCAAUAUCCUGAAAUAG